GACUCCUGCAGGUGGUGAAGCAGUGCGUGCGAGUCCCCGUGUUCGUGAUGAUCCGACCUCGUGGGGGAGAUUUCCUCUAUUCGGACCGUGAGGUGGAGGUGAUGAAAGCCGAUAUCUGCCUUGCCAAGCUGCACGGUGCCGAUGGGCUGGUGUUCGGCGCCCUCACUGAGGAUGGGCGCAUUGAUACAGAGCUCUGCACAGCGUUGCUGGCGGUGUGCCGUCCUCUGCCAGUCACAUUUCACCGAGCCUUUGACAUGGUGCACGACCCUCUGGUGGCAUUGGAGACCCUGAUUUCUCUGGGGUUUGAGCGGGUGUUGACGAGCGGCUGUGACAGCUCAGCGCUGGAAGGAUUGUCCUUAAUUAAGAGGCUUGCGGAGCAGGCAAAGGGCAGAAUUGUGGUGGUGCCAGGGGGUGGCAUCACAGAGCGCAACCUGCAGAGGAUUCUGGAAGGCUCUGCUGCUUCUGAGUUUCACUGCUCUGCUCGCUCAGCCCGGGACUCAGGAAUGAAGUUCAGAAAUCCGAAUGUUGCCAUGGGAGCGUCCUUCUCUGCCCCUGAAUACUCCAUAAAGGUGGCAGAUGUGGCCAAAGUGAGGACCUUGAAUGCCAUUGCAAAGAACAUUCUGUAGUGGAAGGCACCAGGCUGGGACAAGAGCGCUGAGACUCCAGAGUCUUCCCUGCCACAUGGACAGAUGGGUACUGCUUCUGUCCUCAGGCUGCAGAGGAUGUGAACUAGGUGGUGAAGCCUUGACAUCUCUUCCCUUGGCUUCCCCUGAAUGACCAGUCCCUGGCCUGGAAACUUAUGUUGGCCAUUUUAAAUAAAAGGACUCAUUCCCAGAUGUUGCAGCAACAAGCUGUUCGUCAGUAUUUGGGAGAAAGAGAGCUGACAAGUAGGGGGAUUGAAUUGUGUAGCACUGCAUG